CUAUGAGGUGUUAAUGAAAUUAAACAAACUAUUUACACAAUGUUACAAAUUACAAUCAUUUAAAACAGGCCGAAAGUAUGGGAAGAAUCGAAUUUAUCAAAUUCUUACAUGCUUCCUAACUUUUCUGCUCCAAUGGACCACAACCAGGGACAUAAAACGUAAUUUCACAAUCCCAAGUCCAUUUUCAUUUCAACUGCUUUUCUCUUCUGUCCCAAUCAAAUUCAAAAUCAAUUCAAACCAAUGAGCAAAGAAGGAAGUAGAAGAAGAGGCGGAUGGAGUUGGACUUCCGCCCUCGUCGGCGCCGCCGCUGCCGGCGUGGUGGUGUCAGCACUUUCGUCGAAGCCACGGGACCCAGAUUUCCACCUCAUCUCCAUUGACCUCACUUCCUUCAAGCUCAAUUUCCCAGUACUUGACGCUGAACUCAUCCUCACCGUCCACGUCACUAACCCUAACGUCACUUCAAUUACUUACUUGUCUACAGAAAUGUCGAUUUUCUACUCCGGCGACCACCUCGGUUCGGCUCGGGUGAAAGCCGGAUCACAGCCGCCGCGUUCCUGCCAGGUCCUCCGGCUACCGGCGCGGCUGAGCGGCGUUCAGCUGGCUCAUCACGGCAAGGAAUUCCUAUCCGACGUGGCGAAGCGAGAGAUGGUGCUGGAUGCUACGGUGGAUAUAGAAGGAUUUGCUAAGGUGAUGUGGUGGGACCAUAAGUUUCGCGUGCACGUGGAUAGUCACGUGACUGUCGACCCGGUCUUUUUUGAUGUCAUUGACCAGGAAAAUAAGUCGGCUUUGGAGGUCUUCGUUAGGUGACGUCUGAACCGGCCACCCGGCGUUCCCCGAAUAGGAACAAGCAAAAUGAAGGAGAGAUGAAGAACGAAGAGCAACAUAAUUCUCUUUUUUUUUUUAAUGUAUUUUUUGUAUAUUUAUUUGUUGAGGAACUACUGUAAAUUGUCUAAUAUUAAAGUUAUCAUAUAGUACUUGUUUGUAAAGUUUAGUUUGGUAUGAAUUUGAUUUGUAAUGUCAAAUUUGUUUUUUUGUUGUA